AUGUUGAGACAGAUCAAACCCAAGAACGCUCGCAGCAAGCGCGCCCUCGACAAGAAAGCGCCCCAGUUGCACGAAAACCCCAAAAUGACCUUGUUCCUCCGCUACACUUCCUGCUCCGAGAUUGUCCAACUCUGCAUGGGCGACUUGCACUCUCUAAAACGUCCCCUGGCCCAAAAGUUCACCAAGAAAAACGACAUUCACCCAUUCGAAGACCCGUCAUCGCUGGAAUUUUUCGCCGAGAAGAAUGAUUGUUCGCUCAUGGUGUUUGGCUCGCAUAGCAAGAAACGACCCCACACUGUCACGUUUGUGCGCUUUUUCGAUUACAAAGUCUUGGAAAUGUUGGAGUUGCAUGUGGAUCCAGAGACUUUCCGCACCAUUUCGCAGUUCAAGAGUGAUAAGGCUAGAGUGGGCUUGAAGCCUUUGGUGUCGUUUUCGGGCACUGCUUUUGAUUCGCCUGUUGCCAACACAUACACCUUGGCCAAGAGUUUGCUUCUGGACUUCUUCAAGGGCGAAGAUACGAAUAAUGUCGAUGUGGAGGGUUUGCAGUACAUGGUGCAUAUCUCUGCAGCCGAAGAGGAGGAUGCUCAACCCGCUCCCAAGAUUUGUCUGCGCACAUACAUGAUUUCUACAAAGAAGAGUGGGCAAUCUUUGCCUCGUGUGGAAGUCGAGGAGAUGGGUCCCAGAGUGGAUUUCCGCAUUGGCAGAGUCAAGGAGGCGGAUGUGGAUAUGAUGAAGGCUGCUAUGAAGAAGCCCAAGGGUCUUGAGGCAAAGACAAAGAAGAACAUCGAGACAGACAUUAUCGGCGACAAGGUCGGCCGCAUCCAUCUCGGCAAGCAAGACCUCAACGACAUGCAAACAAGAAAGAUGAAGGGUCUCAAGAGAAGCAGAGACGACGACACCGAAGGCGGUCCUGUUGUUUCCGACGACGAAGGCGAGGAUUUCGAUGCCGAUGGUGGUGUCGAGAUCAAGAAGAUCCGUGUCUAA